AUGUAUGAUGGCAAGGGUGAUCCCGACAAUCAUCUGAAGCACUUCAAUGGCAUGAUCAAGAUGCAACGUUGGAACGUUCCGGUUGCUUACCAUAUGUUUGCUCUUACUAUAAAGGACGUAGCCCGCGCUUGGGUAAACGGACUACCGGUCGGGAGUGUAGUAAACUUGGAAGAUCUUAAGAGAAAGUUCAGAUCCCACUUCAGCCAACAGAGGAAAUACCAGAAGAUCCAUUUGGAAGCACACAACAUAAAAAGAAGAGAAGGUGAAAGAAUACGCAAUUUCAUUACACGAUACACAGAUGAAACAACACUCAUCAAAGGUCUGGCUGAAAGUCAAAAGAUAUCCGGUUUCGUGCACGAACUGAGAUUCAAGCCAUUGGUCGAAUUUUUAUCUACCGACCUCCCACAGACAUAUACAGCUCUAACUGACAAGACACACAGUUUCCUUCUUGCAAAGGACACAACUGCUGCAGAAAGAUCACCACCAAAGCCAAGGCCACAUCAGCGAGGGAAGGACAUGAGCAAAUUUUGUGAAUAUCAUAAUGUUCGCGGUCAAUACACAAAUGAUUGUAAAGUAUUCAAAACCAAGGUAGAGGAAGCAGCCAAAACUGGAAGGCUGGCCCAGUUUUUAAAAGGCUUGAAAGAGCAAGGGCCAAAAGAUAAUCAAGGAAGGCAAGAUAACACCGAUGCUCAAGCAGCAAGGCUGGAGGUAAUGGAAGCACCUAUAACCAUGAUAAUUGGUGAAGUUCGACAAGAAGAGCAGAUACCAAACCAAAGUGAACCAUGGAAGUCGGUGGCGAUCAGUUUCCCGCCCAUUGAUGAGAAAGAUGCAUCAGAUGACCCAAUUGUGAUCCAAGCGAUCAUAGGGAAACACCAAGUGAAAAAAGUGCAUCUAGACACUAGAAGCGGGUGUGAAAUCAUGUACGACCAUUGCUUCCAAAAAUUAUCGCCAACUUUCCAAAAGUUAAGGAAAGGCUCAGCAAGUUCCUUAAUUGGAUUCUCGGGGGAAAGAGCAUGGUCACAAGGCGAAGUAGCUCUACAAGUAACUGUGGGAGAAUGGCCGAGGCAACGUACGGAAGUGUUAACGUUCACCAUCAUCCGGGCUGACUCCCCAUAUAAUGUCAUCUUGGGGAGGGUAGCCGUGAGAAAAAUGGGAAUAAUCCCCUCCUCAACUCAUGCUGCAAUCAAAUUCCCAACACCGCUAGGCAUCGGAUAUGUGAAACCAGAGCCACUUUUCAAUCGAUAUUGUGCUAAAGUAAAGCCACAAGACGUAGCUCCGGAGCAGGAAUAA